AUGGCGAACUGGACGCCGGAGAACGGAGCUCCGAAACCCGUCACAAACCCCGCGGACGUGUCGACGGUAGCGCAGAUAUCCAGCGGAAAUGUCGCGGCGGGUCCGUGUCUCAUCCCGUCGUUCGCGGACGCGGUGAAGCUGCUGAACGCGCGGUACUCGUGUCUGGUGCUGGACACGCACCGCAGGCACAUCUCACUGUCGCCCGUGCAUCUGCAGAAGAAACGCACGGGCAUCCGGGAGGAACUCAACGCUGAGCUGCUCAAGUACUCCAGCAGUCUGAAAGGAGUUCCUAUGGCGUAUGACCACAUUAAAGUCGUAGGACCACAUGGAGAUAUUUAUGACGAUCAAGGAUUCAUUCAUCUCCACGUGGAGGCGUCGUUCGUGGUCUUCAAACCAAAGAAAGCGUCGAAGCUCGUGGGUGUGAUUAAUAAAACAGGAGUGGGUCACCUGGGCUGUCUGGUUCACGGCUGCUUUAACGCGUCGGUGGUGAAGCCCAGUCUGCUGAGCUCAGAGCAGUGGAGGGACUCUGGACUGUGUGUCGGACAGAGCCUGGAGUUUGAGGUCUUCCAGCUGGACGCCGAUGCUGCAGGUGUUCUGCUGAUCAGGGGACGGCUGGAGAAGAGCAGAGUGCAAGAGCUCGUGGCCCAAACCGAGCAAAAGGAAAUGACUGUAGAAUCUGCUACAGAACCAGAAUCCACAGAAGACACGAUCGACACUCCAAAACACAAGAAGAAAAAGAAGAAAGACAAGCGAGAGAAAGAGUCUCUGAACGACAGCAGCAUGGAGCAAACGUCAGAAAACCAGCAAACCGCUGCCGACACAACCGAGACAGACUCCAAUGCAAACGGACAUCACAAAGAGAAGAAGAAGAAGAAGAAGAAGAAGAAGAAGAAAGACAAACAGAUCACUCCCUCUGAGCUCUCGCCGAGCGACUCCAGCGGAUACGUGAGUGAUAAGACCAGCAGAAAGAGAGCAGCUGAGAGCGACGACGGCCUGAAGGACGCGCCUGCUGCCAAACAGAAGAAAAAGAGCAAGUGAUUACACUCACAGACCGUUUCAUGAACUAUACACCACGAGCCCAA